GGGCACAGCUGCCUCACCAUGGGCUGCAGGGGAAUCUCUGCUCUGGCACCAGGAGCAGCUCCUGCCCCUCCUCCUACACUGGCCUUGGGCUGUGCAGAGUGGUUUCAUAUAUCCAUCCUCCAUAUAUUCACUCUUCUCUCUGGCUGCAGUUGCACAGGGUUUAUUUCCCCUUCAUAAAGACAUUAUCCCAGAGAUGCUACCAUUGUUGGUGACGGGCUCAGCCUUGUCCACAGAGUCCUUCCUUGGAGCCAGCUAGCAUUGGCUCUGCCAGACAUGGGAGAAGAUUCUAGCAGAAAAUCCACCCCUGGUGCCUACCCACUACCAAAACCCUGCCACACAAAUCUAAUGAAGACUAUUUUUUCAUUCUUCUUUCCAACUAUAGGCCUUGCCAUCACCUUUGAGAGGUCCAAUUCUGUGAAAAGGUGGUUGGCUACCCCAAGGGACUGCAGACUGAGUAGAGUCUUUGCAGAGAGAAAUCUGACCUCAGAACACUGGAUAUUUAGCUUCUAUAUGUAGGUAGCAGCAAGCAAUCAGCAGUUCCAGGAUGGCUGCCAGGAUGUUCAUGGCAGGUGCACCAGGUCUCCUCAUAACCUGCACUUUCGAUAGAUGAAGUUAAUUUCCCCCAACAGGCACAUCUUGUCCAUAAUUGCAUCAAAGCAAUGUCAUUCAAUAGUAUUUCUAGAUCUGUAACUUAUGAAGUGCAACCUAUAAUUAGUGCAAAUUGGCUUCUUCCUCAGAUAACGAUUUUUGUCAGUCAUGCAAGCACUAAAUUGCAUGAAAUCACUGGAUUGCAUCACAGCCUCUGAAGCUCCAGAGAUAUUGAGCAAGUUACCUCUGGAACUUUUGUGCUUGGGAUUUAUUACACAUUUACUCAUCAGAGAUUAUGCAAUGAUUAAAUCCCCAUAUUUGGCCAUGUUCCUUUCAGCUACUGCCUUCUCAUGCCCUUUGCUUUGUCAAAGGAGUCCUAAACCAUUGGAAAUUACAGAAGGGAAUUUCCCAUUUGGUUCUCUGUUUCCUGGUUGAUCAGCUAUAUUGCUGUAAGGCUUUAUUUUCAUCAUUUCAGAAAAGGUACUAAUAUGCAAUAAAACAACAUCUCUUUGUGAGGAGGAAAAACAUGGAAACUAUUGUUAACUGCCAGUUGAUUAACAACUGUCAUUAUGUUUCUCAUCUUUUGUAGGGGACAGGAAAAGAUACUGACAGUGUCUGACAUUCAAGUCGAUAAGAGAUGGUUUGGGCUUUUUUAUUUUAAUCUUUCACGUUUAAUAUUAGACCUAAACCCAUAAAGUGACAAUAAUCAAAUGGUUAAUGAUUAUAAAAUUCCUUCUCUUCAAAAGUCCAUGAAGUGUUUUAACUCUUGUGUGGAAACCAGGUGGACUGCUCCUGUGCUUCUCUGUGAUGGGGAGAGUGAUGUGGUAAGCUCUUUCCCCCCAAAGAAUGCCUUUUUUCCCCUGUAUGGGGGUGUUUAUCAAGGUUGAACUAUUAAGUCCUCUUCAGCUCUUCAGACUUCCAGCAGGUAUGUCUGUGAGUAAGAGUCCUUUGGGAUAUAAGAGAGGAAGCAUAUUAUCAGGAUGCAGCAGCUUGGUGACCAGGGAAAUUUGCCUCUGGCUGUAGCUUUGCAGAUGGUGUCUCAGAGCAGUUUGACUCUGCAGCUCUCCUCUUUAACAUCCCCAAACUGCUCAGAACUGUCAGUUUCCCAGUAUUAUUUGGGAAAAGGCCCAGUUUUUCCUGAUGCAUUUCCUCUCCUUCCACAGGUCUGACUGAAUGGCUCUGCAGCACUGGCACUUAGGCUGUCUUUGCCUCAUCUUUUGUUACACACACAGGAAGGGUGUGAGCCUGUUCUCUGGAACAAUGGGAGAGGAAGCUUAGGAGAGGAUGAACACUUUGUCAGUCUAUGUUUUGCUGCUCUGCCUUACUGUGAAUGCAGUUGUUGUGAGGGGAUCUGAGGAGGGACAACAGAAGGGAGGGAAGCUGAGAAGCUGACAGCAAAGUCAAGUCAGGAAGACAAAUAAGUUAGGAAAUUAAAAUAAGAAACAAACAGCUAAAUGGGGAAAACUCACAAAAAAUAAUGUGGGCUUGAUUGUGGCUUGGGAAGGAACCCAAGUUUAAGAUCAUGCUCAGGGAAGGGCCACAUCCAGCUUGAGUAUCUGCAAGGGUAUUCAAACUAGGCUUUCACAUCCUGUCCUGGGCAACCUGUCCCAGUGCCUCACCCCCUUGCUAUGGAAAGCAGAUUUCCCCACAUCUGAUGGGAAUUUUCCUUUUCACAAUUUGUGGCUGGUACCUCUCAUGCUUUGGCUGUACCCUCUAAGGAGACUCUGGGCACAGCCCUCCCCAUGCAGGCACCAGGGUAGGGAAAUGAUGGCCUCCCUUGACCUGGUGGCCCCCUCCAUGUCCAGCCUUUAAAGUGCAGCAGUGUUAAGACACUAAACACAUUUAUAUGGCACCUGCAACUGACCCAGGAACAGGCUCAGAAGUGCCACUGGCCACCCGGGGCCUGGCAGCCCCAUCUCUUGCCUGUGUGGCAGUCCCCAGCCAGCCCAUACAGCCCCACUUGGUCACACAGGUGCCAAAGGAAACCAGGUUAAAAGUUUGGUUGGGUCAGGGUGAACAACAGUCACUGUCCCAUCAUGCCCAGGGAAUAAUGAAUAACACUUCCCUGGAACACAUAAGCACCUCCCUGUUUUUAUAUAUUUUUUGCUUUCUGUUUGCAUUAUGGGUUUGUGAAGAUAAAAGACUGAUAAGAUACAGUUAUGUGUCAUAUUAGAACCAGCAGAGCUUUCUUGAGCUGUUUGCAUUAAACGUUUUUGGAUUGUUUUAACUACUUCGUGCAAAUAAACUGAAGGUGCUUUGUAGAUAUCAAGUACAAAAAAAAUGACAGCGUUCCUAAAGUUUGGGCCAUCCUUGUGGCUGUUGUAAAUCUAAAUCUUAACCUAAUUUCCUAAAUCAAACAAAUCAUGAGAUAAAAGGAGCACCAUGAGCAUGAGACCAGGCGUGAUGAGGCGCAUCCCCAGCCAUGGUCAGUUAUGGGAACCACUGGUGUGAUGAAAACUGCCUGAGGGCAGGAGUAUGGGGUGAGCACUGCCCAAGUAGUGUCAUCACUCUGGUAUCCAAACUGCUGGUGUUUAGGUAGAAGUGUCAAAGCUCAGAUGAGAAGAUUCUGUCCAAGAAGCACUGAAUGGAGAAGAAAUAGACAUGUAGAGUCACAAGGAAGACUUGAGGUGCAAGGCCACCUCCAUGUGGAUAACAGUAUGGACUAGGAAAUGGCAUAAGAAAUGCCAAAGUUGGGUACAGGUGUAAUAGAUUUGGGAUCCAUGAAAUCUGUACAUAAAGGAAAAAACUGCCAUUCUAGGCAGCCAGUUUGAGGCCUUGCCUAAUGCUGACAGAUAGUCUUUAAAGCAGUGCAGAGAUAGCUGCAUACUGAGAGCAUUGAUCUUUUUAUAUUUUUGUGGCAUUUCGCUGUGAUCCAUAAAGCAGUUACAAAAAGCCGCAUACAUCAGGGCAUGGGUUCUUUGUUGCCUCCUCCCCAUCCUUUGGCCAGUUGCUGUGACUCUGCAGAGAAGCAUGUCCAGGGUAUGUGAUGCCAUGCACACUGCAAGGUUGCUCAUGUAUACCUCAACCAUAGGGAAUUCCCUAAAUUCUCGCUAUUACAUAGAGAAAUUAAUUUCUCUGAAUAGCAUUCUGUUCUAGAGUUCGAGCUGUUUACAUUUCUACAAAGAAAUAAUAAGAACUCACCCUUUGAUAGAGGUACUGAAACUCCGUGAAGGAUAGAAGGCAUGUGAUUAUAAACUGACUACAACUGUCCAUGAGCUCUACCUUAAGAGAAGCCACUUAAAGCUCAGGUUGCUCUAUAAGCACCUGGAGCUGGCAGCAGCUCCUGUGUACACUGGCUGGCCAGGACACAGCCUACAGCCAUAACAGUAGUUUCACACAAAUCCUUGAACAGUAUGGGAAAGUACCAUCCUUCAGUAGCAGCUCAAACAAUGUACUUGGAGUGGUGACAGAGCCUCUCCCUGGUGGUUUCUCUAGAGCUGUGCAAGGCAAUUUCAAGAUUGUGUGUAUUUUUGUUGAAUGUUCAGGAGUCACAAUACUCUGGUAUGGUCUGGGAAGCAACAAACUACAGCUAUUGUUCAUUAAGCAGCAUUAAUGCAUCCUAGACAGCACAGAUUCAGAGGAGAAUAUAGGCCCCAUUUCAAGUCUCUUUUAAGUUCAUUCUGUUUCAGAUGAAAUAGUUCAGGUGUGUUACAAACUGGUAGGAAUUCAUGGCAGGGAAUGGUUAAGGAAAUGGAUAAGGAAACUGAAUAAACCCAUUUGCAGUAAUCUGGAAAGCCUGAUGUUACUGCAUUGGCCAACCAGUAAAUAUUAAUGUAGUACUUUGGUGUCAGUGCAGCUUGUGACCCAGCUCCUGUGAGCUUACCAUACUGAAACAAAUCUGGCUGGCUCAGCCCACCUCCCUCUAUCCCCAGGCUGGGGUUAUUAAACCAGGGCACAGCACACACACUUUCUGUAGGUAACAUUUAAAGUUACCUACAUUUGACUUUCCUCAUUUCACAACCCACACUCCUACCCCUAAAAUUACACAUGCUUCACCCACAGAACCAUUACCUCACAGCCUUUUGCUUCCUUUUCUUUUAGACGGAAUCUUUAAGCUACUUAAAAAAAAUAUAUAUAUAUUCCCCAGCACACUGUUAUCUCUGGUUGUAGCACCCGGAAGGAGUGCUGGGGCCAAAUUGGGCACGAUGGAAUUUGCUGUGGGGAAACCCGCUGAUGACAGUGGAACCCGCCCGUGUGAAUUCCCGUGGCUCCUGCCACCCCUUUAUAAGCAGGUGGAGGUGCGGCAGGGCUGGCAGGACAAGCAGCCAGGCACUCGCUGAAGCACAGCUGCCUGUGUGGAGAGGGAAUGAUUGGCUGCAGCAGCAAGAGCAUGGUCCUGGUUUCCCUGCUGGGGCUCCUGGUGCUGCUCCUGUGCAGCACCUCCGAAGCACAAAGCAACCAGGAUUGUUGCCUGUCUUACACCAAAGUGCGUCUGCCUCGGUGGGCCCUGAAGGGUUACACUGAACAGCUCUCCAGUGAGGUCUGUGACAUCCCUGCCAUCAUUUUCCACACCUCCAGUGGGCUGAAGGCCUGUGUAAAUCCUAAGGAAGGCUGGGUCAAGAAACAUCUUCUUUUCCUGAGCCACAAGCUCAGGAAGAUGUCAGCCUGACAUGAUUUCCAGCAAGGAGCUAAACACAGACGUGGCUGAAGAAGCACUGGGUUCAGGCUCUUGGCUGAGAUAGUUUGUACACUGUUGUGUGCUCACUCACCUCCAACUCUGGCUUCUUUGGAACCGUUGACCUUCUCAAGUUGAUUCAUAUUGCAUCGCUGUUUUGCUUGAGUUAAGCAUGUUAAAGUUUCUAUUUUUACUAAUAUGUGUAUGUUACUGAUAUGACAUGAGUACUAUUUAGUAAGGACUACCUUAAGCUGUUGUACAGAGCGUGAAUUUUAUUAAGUUUAUUGCAUCUUAUUUUUGUUUUCUUCAGCAUGUGUAAAGCAGGUUAUUUAUUCUGUUUAUUUUGUUAUUGUCUUGUGCCAAAAUGUUUCCUUUAAGCUGUAGUUAGGAUUAUAAUACCUCUUGAACUAUUGUUAAACAAAGUCUGUUUGUAGAAAAAAAUGGAAAUUGGAAUUAAAAAAAAAAAAGUUAAA